AUGGACCGCUAUACAAUUCCACGCCUUGCUGACCCAGCUAUUAUUGCAACUGCCCGGCUGGAGCCGGACCAGCCGGCCCAGAUGUACUUCCGUAAAGGAUGGUCAACCUCAGAUUCGUUCGAGCUAUUUGGCAACAGUGGUGAGCAACGCGUUGCUCUCAUGGUCAAGACAGGCUUGGGGCCACAAGCGAGAGCCAAGUUCAAAGGAGAGGAUGCGUCGCUAAGAGCCAUGAAUGUCGCCCUCGAAGGGUUUGCCCCGAGAUCAUUUGGCUGGGGCCGCAUGGAAGGGGACCAAAACGAGUACUUCAUUGUGACCGAACUCUUGGAAGUGGUUAUGGGCAGCCCACCCGUUGGACUUGGCCGAAGACUUAGCAGGAUGCACUCCCAGCCGACUCCAAUUCCUCCAAGCUUCGAGGCACCUGCGUUCGGGUUUUCCGUAACCACCUUCUGCGGCGAGAUACCACAGGAUAAUACAUGGAAAGCCUCAUGGCCCCAAUUUUACGUUGAGAAUCGCCUUCGCCCGAUUUGCCAUAUUAUUUCGACGGCAAGCGGGCGCGAUCCCGAACUCGAACAACAAAUCGAAAGAGUGAUCAAGGACGUGGUGCCAGUAUUAUUUGGAAGAAUGGGCCAUGAAAACAUUUCAAGACGUUCUCGAGGUCGAUUCAUUGGGCGUGGAGAACCCGAACACAGUGUUGAGGACUUCGUCCUUGGGCCUGCAUGUUUCUACGGACACUCGGAAUACGAGCUAGGCGCGGCAAGAGUGUAUGGGUUUCCACCCGUGUUCUUUGAGGACUAUCACUUUUCCACCCCCCGGAGCGAACCCAUUGAGGACUGGUAUUGGAGAGUGCUGCUCUACGAAUUGUACGGACUCAUUCAAAUACCCUCUAUUGGACCUGGCUAUCGCGAUUCAGCCAUGUCCAUUAUGAGGAUGCUCCUGCUCAAGUUUGGCACUCCCGAUUAG